UAACAGCAAAUUUUAUAGAAACAACAGUUAUCACCUUUUCACAAUUUACUUUCUAGGUCCAACUCAUUACUUUAGUUAAAUAUGUCAUUGACUUUUGAUUUUCUGCUUCCCUCUUGUCCUGCAACCUGCAAGGUUGACCAAGGUUUUGAAGCUUCCGCUUCUUUGACUGCCACUUCUGAACGCCUUCUCGAGCCAGUUGGUCGUCACUUCCUCGCUCAUGCUCGUAGAAAGACACAAAAUCGUACUUUCUCCGAAGAUGAACGUCAUCAAGCCGAAGAAAAGGCUAAUCAAGUGGAAAAAGAAGAAAAGGAUGAAUUUGAAUAUGAAGAUGUCGAUAUUGACAUGGUUAACCAAGAUCCUACUCAAUGGAAAACUCAGGAUAAUUAUGCUAUCCUCGGCUUGACCAAAUUACGUUAUAAAGCUACUGAAGACCAAAUCAAGAAGGCUCAUCGCCGUAUGGUCUUAUUACAUCACCCCGAUAAGAAGGCGGAUAAGAAUGAUGACGCUUUCUUCAAGUGUAUUGCUAAGGCCUAUGACACUUUGAUGAAUCCUGAAAGCCGUCGACAAUAUGACUCUGUUGAUUUUGGUAUUGCUCACUGGGACGACGAAGUACCUAGUGCGAAGGAUACAGGUGACUUCUACGAAAUGUGGCGUCAUGUCUUUGAACGUGAAGCUCGCUUUUCUAACAAACAGCCUGUUCCUGGUUUGGGUGAUGAGAACUCUACUAAAGAAGAAGUUGAAGGCUUUUACGAUUUCUGGUAUAACUUUGAUUCUUGGAGAACCUUUGAAUGGUUAGACAAGGAAGGUGUUGAAGGUUCUGAUAAUCGUGACGACAAGCGUUAUCAAGAAAAGAAGAACCGUGCUCAACGUGCUCAAUUGAAGAAGGAGGAUAAUGCUCGUUUACGUAAACUUGUCGAUGUCUGCUUGGGUAUGGAUCCUCGAAUUGCCAAAUUCAAGGCAGAGGAGAAAAAGAGAAGAAACGCCAAGAAGGACGCUAGAGCCGCUGCUGAAAAGGCUGCAGCAGAAGAAAAGGCUAGAAAGGAAGAAGAGGCAAGAUUGGCUGCUGAAAAGGCUGAAGCUGAAGCUAAGGCUGCUGCUGCAGAAAGCAAGAAAGCCAAGGAAAUGGCUAAGCGUGCCAUUAAGAAGGAGAAGAAAACCAUUAAAGCCAUUGUCAAGGACAAUAAUUAUGCUUUAGCUGCUGAUGCUCCAGAAGCUACUCCAGAACAAAUUGAUUCUCAAUUGUUCAAGUUGGACGAUAUCCUUGCAAAGAAUAAGACUGUCGAACAACUUGAGGCUCUUCGUCAAUCAUUCGAAAAAGCUGUUGCUGACAAGAAUCUUGCCGAUGUAUUCAACGCUGCUCUUUAGUGGUGUAACACUUUAAUAUCGUUUUAUCCGCUAUUAUCUUCUCAAAUAAAUGAAAACUGUUUCGCAUUUUUUCCAUAGG